GCAGCAGAUCACAGAAAAGGACUAAUUAAUAAAAACAAAAAGUUCUGAAAACAUCGCGCUCGGCUCGACACUCGACUCGAAGAUUAAAAACCUAACGACAUUGAAUUUUUUAUUCGGUGGAGUCUUGAAUUCAUGGCGUCUUGAUCAGUGCUAUUCUUGAGACUCGGGAAUCAUUUGGCUCGUAUGAAGUGCGUACUUGGUCGGAUUCCUUCUUUAAUUGUCCAUUCAUCUGUCCUUGAUAUUUUGGCGCCUAGCAGACUAUUCGCUUCUUUGUAGUAAUUGGUGUUAAGAACGAUCUAUGGCGGUGAUUGUUGGAUAUCCAGAUGCGGAAGAAGGCGACAAGGGAGGGACAUAAUUCUUCAAUUGAAAUAGAUCUUCCUGUGUCACAUUGGAGCUGCAAGCUUAUUGAUCAAGAAGAAGAGGUAUAAUGGCAGGCAGUGAGCAACGUGUUGAGCUUAAGUUCCGAAUCUUUGAUGGAACGGAUAUUGGUCAUAGUACUUAUGCCUCGUCUACUACUGUUGCAGCACUCAAGGAUAGACUAGUUUCCCAAUGGCCUCAAGACAAAACAGUCAUACCCAAGUCAGUAAAUGAUGUAAAACUCAUAUGCUCUGGGAAAGUUUUGGAGAAUAACAAGACACUUGCCGAGUCCAAAAUACCUUUUGGUGAUCUUCCUGGUGGAGUUAUUACAAUGCAUGUGGUAGUACAGCCACCUGUUGCAAGGAAGAAGACAGACAAAAACCAGGAGGAAGUGCCAAAGCUGAAAAUGUGCUCGUGUACAAUCCUUUAAUAAGAAGAGUGAUCCUCAUUUACCAAUAUUAUAUUACAGAUUUUUAACCACAAUUUUGUUCAUUUUACAUUGAGUUGAGUCGGAACAGAUAUCCCCCCCCCAAUUCUGAUUCUUGUCUGUUUUUUCGUUUCUCUCUCUCUCUCUCUCGAUGAGUUGAGUAGUAGUGGCGGCUGUUGGUGUGUUCUCCCAUCUUGUAAUCAUUUUUCUUGAUACAAAGUGGCACAAAAAAUUAUAUAAAUGAGAGAAGUACACCUUGGUUUCAUUUCA